AGCUCCGUUUAGUUCGAAACAGUCGUUGUUUGCAUUUAGUCGUGGUUACAACCGGUAGUGCCUUCUCCAUUCGAGUUUACCGGUCGAUCGAAGAAACAACAAGCUUUUUCAAAAAAAGCAAAGGAAGAAAGACGACUAAAAUUAUUAUUCUCAUUUUUUUUUUAUAAAAUAUGGCAAUAGUAUUUCGACCAUUUUCAAUAAUAUUCAAUUUUUAUGAGGAAUACAUCUAAAUCAGGAAGAAAACUUCGUUCAGAAGAAGAAAAAAUCGUGGAUAUAUCAUCGUAAUUUAAUGUAAAAAGGACUUUGGAGAAAAAUUGAAAGAGAUCUAGCUAACAUUAAGUUCAGAUCAGAUCAGAUUCAAAGAAGCAAGAAGAAGUGGUGGUGGUGGUGAAGGGAAUAGCAGAGAAGAAGAAAAAGAAAAUAAAAAUAUAGAUUUCCUUGAUCUUUAUCCAUAUACGUGAAACAAGAAUGGAAAACGUUUCGCGAAUUUCUAAGGAAGAAACAACCAUCAUAAAAAGAAAACCAGCAACCCUCGUACGACGAGUUUCCAACAUGCUUAAAGAUGGAAAUUAUAGCGGACCACCGUUACUCUUUCGAAACGCAUCGAUGCGAAAACUCCGCCAUUGCUGCCAGAAUAUGAAUCUUUUUCCAUAUCUUCUUUAUUCAUACGAUAACUCAAAGUCCCAUCCGGUUGCAAAAAGGGUGAACAUAUGUAUCGGCGAAUUGGUACGAAGCCUCGUUAAACGAUCCUUAUAUUUUUACAAAUUUAUACAAUAUAUAACUUUGCACAACGACAAUAACAACAAUAAGGAUAGCAACGUUAUUGCUAAAAAGAUUUCAAUCGAAUUGAAGAAAGAUAAAACUAAGGAACUUGGCCUAGUCGAAGAUGAACGAAAAUCAAUAACCAAAUUCCAAUGUUUCCAACGUCAGAGACGAAGUCAAAUUUCGAUCUUUUUUACAAUUGCUGUUUAUCUAGUACCAUUAAUAUUAGCCUUGCAAAUGGUUUUACUUUAUUCUUUAUUGAUGAUCGAAAAGUACACGCCCGGUUUUGUUUUCCUCGUGAGCGCCCUUAUGGUUUUGGCCGGCGUAGCAUCUAGAAUUUUCUUCCACGAGAGUAAAACCAUAAAAUAUUCAAGAAGCAAUGCUGCAUUAGAUAAUAAAAACAAUAGGAUUAUCAAAGAAAAGAAAAUUAAGUGAUAUAUUUAUGGAUUAUGAAAUGAUUCAUUUAAGCAAAUAGAUAUUACUAUGCUAUACGGCCAAAAUCUUCGUCAGACAGUGAAACGAUUGAAGAAUAUCAACGACUAGACUCUCGAAGGUCUUGGCCAUUUUUGACUCGAAACGAAGCUUCGAUGGUUCGAAUAUAAUACGGAGAAAGAAAGAGAAAACACGCAUAAAGAGUAGAUAGAUAGGUUAUUAACAACACGUUGAGAGCUACGCGAAUUCUUACGGAAAUCGGCAUCAUGUCACGUGCGCUACUUUGUAUUAUAAAAACAGUUGAACGUCAGUCACUGGCGAUUGACACAGUUUAUAUGGAGAGUAUUAUUAUUAUUAAGCAUCUCUGUGCUUGACGAAAAACUUUGAUUUCAAGUCGCGUCAGGCGCCGGUGCCUGACGCUCGACUUUUCGUUUAACCGCAUUAGUCACCGGUGAUUGACAGUAUAAAAUAUAACAUAAAACUAAAAAAAUUUUUAUUUUUUUAUGCAAUUACUAAAAAUUUAUUUAAAA